AGUGAUUUAGUCUUAAUCUUUCACUAAUCUCACCCUUUGUUUCAUUAUCUCAAUUUGACUCUCUCAGCCCACAAAAAAAAAAAAAAAAACCUUCUUUUUCAUUCCCUUCUCCUCAACCAAAUCCUUUAUGCAAUUAUAUAUCCAUCUCUUCAAUUCCAGUACUCUUCCCACUAUUUGAUUUCUUUGGCCUUGUUGUUCACUUGUUUUGUCUCUAAUUUCGUUUUCUCAUCUGCAUAUUUCUGAAAACCCCUCCUCCCUUCCCAAAAAACCAAAAAAAAAAAAAAAAUGCCCGAUCCAAUUACCAACGCUGUUGUUGACAAAGUUGCUGAGAACAUAGUUGAUCGGAUUUUAAAUUUUAUUUUAAAUCCAAUCACUGUUCGAAUCACUGUUGUGCGCAAGUGCAACGAGAAUGUUCAGAAUCUGAAGAAUCAUGUUGACGAGCUGCAGACUGAAAUGGAGCAUGUGGAGAAAUAUGAAAAGGAGGUUAGCAGAACAGGGAAAGGUGUGGAUGUGAAGAUCCGGAAUUGGCUGGAUAGCGCAGGCAAGCUCGUUGAAGCUGGAGAGGAAUUAAAAGGGGCUGGUGAGGAAUUUGCCAAGAAGGAGUGUUUCUUUCGGCUGUGUCCCAAUUCCAUUCCUCGUUACAAGCUCAGCAAGGAAGCAGAGAAGAAUUCCAAGGAUAUUGUUCAACAUCUGGAAGUAGCUCGUGGAUUCGGCCCCCUCCCACUUUCCCACGCUCCUUCUCCACAACAGGACGUGGCCACACUUGUGGAAGGUUUUGAGGAGUUCCGCUCGAGAAAGAUUGUUUUGGACCAGAUCAUGGAGGCACUAAGAAGUCCAACCGUUAACAGGAUCGGACUGCAUGGGACUUCUGGGAUGGGGAAGACGAUGCUUGUAAAAAUGGUUAAAGCAAAAGCCAAGAAAGACAGCUUGUUCACUGCAGUAGUUAUGGCUACGGUGACGAAGGGCUGGGAAGUGAAAAGUAUUCAAGAAGAGAUCGCACGCGACUUGGAUAUGGAUCUUCUUUCUUUCACGGAUACACAUCGACAACUUGCAGAUCCAAUAAGGGCAAAGCUGAAGGAAGUGAAGAAAGUACUUCUUAUUUUGGAUGAUGUUUGGGAGACUGAUGUAGAACAACAUUUCGAGAAAUUCGGAAUCCCUUCUGAAAGUGAGAUGAAGCAGGCUACGGAGAGAAAGAAUGAAGAAAGCUCAUCUGGAGAAGAAGAUAUGCUCUGCAAGAUUCUACUAACUUCCAGAUUUCACCAUGUUCUCUCUAGAAUAAUAGAUGAGAAAGAUCCGAUCUUUGAGGUGCGUAAAUUAGAAGAUGAUGAACCAUGGGAUCUAUUCAAGAAGACUGUUGGCAGCGAUAUUGAAAACUCUGAUUUUCAACAGAAAGCUAAAGAGAUUGUUGAGAAAUGUCUCGGGUUGCCUGUUGCUAUUGUAUCUGUUGGAAAGGCCAUGAGAAGGAAGACUGAACAAUUUGAGUGGGACGAUGCUCUUACAGAAUUAAAAAAGCCUUCCCCAGAGGGGAUAUCUGCAGCUGUUUAUAAUCCCAUAGAGUUGAAUUACAUUAACUUGAAAGAAGAGGAGCUCAAGCAAACAUUCAUUCUUUGUAGUUUGUUAAGCCGUAACUCUUCGAUCGAUGACUUGUUAAAAUGUGGCAUGGGCUUGGAUUUAUUUCAAAAGGUGAACACAAUAGAAGAGACUAGAGCCAAAGUACUAAGAUUGGUCAGUCAUCUCAAAAGUUCAUCUUUGUUAGUUGAUGGUAAGAGCAGUUUGCAUUUUCAGAUGCACGAUCAGAUUCAGGAGGUUGCCUUCUAUAUUGCUUUCAGAGACCGCGGUGGAUUAGCUUUAGUCGAUGAAGCUGCAAGCAGAAAGUUGAAAGAUAAGAAGUCAUUAGAAAAAUUGAAGUGGAUUUCUUUGCCGAAUGGUGAUAUUGAGCUUCCAGCCAAUGAGUUCCGAUGUCCGCAGCUCACUUUCUUUUAUCUGUCUAACAAGGCUCAGUCUCUACAAUUUCCAUCAGAGUUCUUUAAAAAAGCAGAUGGACUCCAUGUCUUGUGUUUGACUAAAGUUGACUUUAAGUCAAUGCCUUUGCCAAUUCCCUUGAUCCCAACAAACCUUCAUUCCUUACUUCUAGAUCGAUGUGCGUUUAAAAUCGAAGGCCUCAGAGCCAUUAUGGGGAAUCUGGAGAAUUUAGAGGUCCUCAGCCUUGCAGGCUGUGAUAUUAAAGAGUUGCCAAGAGAAAUGGAAAAGUUAACCAAGCUAAAGUUGUUAGAUGUGAAUGACUGCACCAAACUGAGAGUAAUUCCACGACAAGUCUUGGCAAGAUUGUCCAAAUUGGAAGAGCUAAAAAUGGGAAACAGCUUUGACCAAUGGGAUGAUGUGGAGGGAGGAAAUGCUGGGCUUGCUGAGUUAACAGAGCUGCAUAUGCUCACUGCUUUAGAGGUACGUAUUCCUAAUUUCCGAGGAACUUUGUUUCCUGAAAAUUUGGAAAGGUUCAAGAUUUUCAUAGGAAUAGUGGAACAGCCGCCUCCGCGCUUUUGGGGGUAUUGGCGCGAUUACUCUUGGCACAGUUACUCCUGGAGCAGCUCUUUUGAAAGCUCAAAAAUGAUGAAGCUAAAGCUGGAGGGUGCAAGCAUUAAAUCUAAUAACUCAGUUAAGAAGUUGUUGAAGAAGACAGAGGAACUGUAUCUAGAGGGAUUAAAUGGUGUCCAGGGUUUAGUUGAGGAGUUAGAUGAUGAAGGUUUUCCACAUCUGAAGUGUCUCCAUGUCCAAAAUGGUCCAGACAUUCGAGGCAUCUUUAACCCGGCAGGGAGGUUGCUUCGUUCCCAGGUAUUUCCCAUGUUGGAGGUAUUGACCCUUUCCAAUUUGGAAAAAAUGGAGAAGAUAUGUCAUGGUCUGACUGGAGCAGCACCUUUUAAAGUAUUAAGAAAGAUAACCGUUGUUGAUUGUCAUCAAUUGAAGAAUCUGUUCUCCUUCUCCAUGACCAGACAGCUUCAACUUCAAGAAAUAACAGUAGAAAAUUGCAACAACAUUGAAGAGAUUAUUGAUGACGUGGAGGAGCAAGGCAACGGAAAUGAUAUCGUUGAAGAAAGUGAAGGAUGUAAGCUUGGUGGCAGUCUGCAGUCCUUAACAUUAAGAAGGCUACCAAAACUGAUUAGCUUCUUCAACAGUGGUAAUUGCAGCGGCAUCUCACUUUUCAACGAUAAGUGUCGGUUUCCAAACCUAGAGGAGCUGGUAUUGUCACGGAUUAAUGUUGACAUGAUUUGGAUAGCAUCUUACUGUGUUGAGAACCUGACGAAAUUGAUAAUUUUUGGCUGUGAUAACUUGAAAUACCUAUUCUCAUCCACUGUGGCUAGAAGUCUAGUGAAGCUUGGACACCUUCAAAUAGAAUAUUGCAAGAUGAUGACAAAGGUUCUUUCUAAAGAGAAUGAAGAAGAAAAGGGGAAUCUGAUUUUCCCUGGGUUGAAAUUUCUACGGUUACAGCAUCUCCAAAACCUUGUUAGCUUCUACUUUGGAGACUCUACCAUUGAGUUCUCAUCCUUGAAAUAUUUGGAAGUAUGGAGCUGCCGGGAGUUCAAGGGUUUCGCAGUUAUGUCUACAAACACAGACGUUGCAGCAGGUAUUCAGCCUUUCUUCAACGAACAGUGUCUGUUUCCAAACCUAGAGGAGCUGCAAUUGGCAUUUAUUAAGGUUGACAUGAUUUGUAUAGCAUCUUACUGUGUUGAGAACCUGACAAGAUUGAUAAUUCGUUACUGCAAUAACUUGAAAUACCUAUUCUCAUCCACUGCGGCUAGAAGUCUAGUGAAGCUUGGACACCUUGAAAUAGAAAAUUGCAAGAUGAUGGCAAAGGUUCUUUCUGAAGAGAAUGAAGAAGAAAAGGGGAACUUGAUUUUCCCUGCGUUGAAAUUUUUAGAGUUACGGGAACUCCAAAAUCUUGUUAGCUUCUACUUUGGAGAUUCUACCAUUGAGUUCUCAUCCUUGAAUGAAUUGAUUGUAAAGACAUGCCCAGAGCUCAAGGGUUUCGCAGUUAUGUCUACAAACACAGAUGUUGCAGCAGGUAUUCAACCUUUCUUCAACGAACAGGUUGACAUUCCUUUCUUGGAUGACUUGGAUCUGAACUCCAUUUGUGUACAGCAAAUAUGGCACAGCCAAAUUACAUCAAUGUCCUCAUUUGUUCAAAACUUGAGGAAAUUGAUUCUGUUGAACUGUAAUAAUUUGAAAUAUCUCUUCACAUCAUCGAUGGUUAAAAGUCUUGGGCAACUUGAAGUACUCAAUAUUGGGGAAUGUAAGGAGAUGCAAGUGGUAAUACUGAUAGAGGAAUUGGUAGAAAAAGAAAAGACAAGCCAGACAAUGUUUCCCAAGUUAGACAACUUACACCUCAACGACCUUCUGCAACUUAUAAGAUUUUGCUCCAAUUGCAAUUCUCUUGGAGAAGUAUAUGAAGCUCAAGGAAUCAAUGGUAGUGGAUCACAAGUACUUGCAGCCACACAAUCAAAUUUGGUGGAAACAGAAGUCACUCAACUUGUAUUUCCUCAAGUAACAAACUUGGCACUUUGUCAUCUACCCAAUUUCAAGGGUUUCUUCCCUCAAAUCCACAUCACAAAAUGGCCAUUGUUGAAAAGAAUGCUUGUGCAACAAUGUGACAAGGUGAAGACAUUUGCUUCAGAAUUUCUAAGCAUUGAAAUAACAUAUGGAGACAACCAACUUGAAAGGCAAACUCAAGAUCCUAUGUUUUGGAUUGGCAAGGAUUCAUUCCCCUGUCUAGAACAACUGAAAUUCAAACAUAAUGACAACAUGAAGGAGAUAUGGCGUGGUCAAUAUCCAGGGGUCUAUUUUCCCAAACUAAAAGAUAUUAAACUCCUCCAAUCCCAAAAUUGCUCAGCUCUUCUUCCUUAUUUUAAAUUCUUCUUCCAGACACUACCCAGUCUUGAGAAGCUGGUUGUGAAGGAAGCUUCCUUUCCUGAAAUAUUCCAAUGUGAAAGACUUCAUAGUGAGGGAAGACCCAUACAUGCGGCCUCUCGGUUAAGCGAAUUAAAAUUAUCAAAACUUAAUGGGUUAAUGCAUCUUUGGAAGGAAGAAUCUCACCUCAAAUCGAUUUUCUACAACUUGAGAACUCUAGAGGUGCUUGAGUGUAUCAAAUUGGUGAAUUUAGUGCCAUCAGUUGUUUCUUUUGAGAACCUGCAGACUCUAGAAAUAUCAAAAUGUCAUGGACUAGAAAAUUUAGUGAGUUACUCAACUGCUAAAAGCUUAGAACAGUUGAAAAGAAUGAGCAUAACUGAUUGUGACUUAGUGGAAGAAAUUGUCAAAUGCAUGGAAGAUAAUGUGAAGGAUGGCAUUGUCUAUAGCCAACUCCAGUCUUUGCAACUUCGCGGUCUUCCCAAACUGUCAAGCUUUUGCACAGGGAAGUGUGACUUGGAGUUCCCAUCUUUGAAAGAAGUAAUUGUGAUAAGAUGUCCACAGAUGAAAUAUUUUUCCUUGGGAAAGACAGUAACAAAGGAAUUGCAAAAUGUUCAAUGGAGAGAUGGUCGAAAGAAAGGACACUGGGUAAGCGAUCUUAACAGCACAAUACAAGACUUAUACACUCAAAAGUGUGGAUACUUUGGAUCUGAAAAUUUGACGUUCUCUGAUGAGUUUUUCGAGUUAAUCGAAAUUUGGAAAAAGAGUCCUGAACAAUUAACGCUACCUUUCAAACAGCUUCAAUAUCUAGAAGUUAGAAAUUGUAGCAGCUUAAGCUACCUUCUAACCCCUUGCAUGGCAUUGAGCCUUCUGCAACUCAAAGACUUGAAGGUAAAAGACUGUGCAGCAAUGGAACAAGUGAUCAUGGUUACAGGAGUUGAGGAGGUAGACUUAAUAUUAUUCCCACAACUAAAGUCCCUUUCGCUAGAGUCUUGCUCCAAGUUGUCAAAUUUCUAUGUGGGAAGUAAUACCCUCAAGCUUCCAAUGUUGGAGAAAAUUACUGUAAAGGACUGUCUAAAGAUGGCUAGAUUUGCUUCCACAUUUUCAAGCAAGAAAGAGAAAAAGACAGCUGAUGGAAGAAGUGAGGAAACUCUUGUCAAGGAUAUCUUUAUUAAGGCUUUUUUCUCUGAUGAGGUUGAGAUUCCUAUCUUAGAGACAUUGACUCUGUCCUCAAUCAAUAUAAAGCAAAUAUGGAACAAUCAACUUUCAUCAUUAUCUUCACUUGCUCAACAUUUAACAAAGUUGAAGGUGGUCAACUGUUCCAAUUUGAAGUGUCUCUUUACAUUCUCAAUGGUUAAAAGUUUUGUGCAACUUAAAGAACUUGGGAUUAGUGAAUGUGAGAUGAUGGAAGUGGUAAUUUUGAUGGAAGGGACGGUAAAAGAAGAACAGAUUUCUCAGACGGUGUUCCCUGAACUAAAGACCUUGACACUUAAUGACCUACCCCAACUUGCAACGUUUUGCUCUAAUUGUGAUUCUCCAGGGAAAAUUUCUGAUUCUGAAAGAGUCAAUAUUGGUAUUGAAUCACAAAAAUUGCUAGCCACACAAUCGACUUUGGUGGAAACAAAAGCCACUAAAGUUGUAUUUUCUCAAGUGACAGACCUGAUAUUUAGACUCUUACCAAAAUUCAAGAGUUUCUUCCCUCAAUCACACAUCACAGAAUGGCCAUCAUUGAACCGUUUAGUGUUGAUUGAAUGUCAUGGAGCGCAAAUAGUUGCUUCAGAAUUUUUAGGCAUUGAGAUGACAGAUGGAGACAACCACCUUGAAAGAGAAUCUCAACCUCUCUUGUUUUGGAUUAGCAAGGUACGCUACAUUUCCUAGUCUAAAACGGCUGGUUGUGAAAUGGAAUGACAAUAUAAAGAUACAGUGUGGACAUCACCCAGAGGGGUAUUUUGGUAAACUAAAGGUUCUGCACCUCCUUGGCUUUCCUAAGCAAUCGGCUUUUCUUCUGCCUUUCUUCUUCCACUCCCUACCCAAUCUCAAAAAGCUUCUAGUGAAGGAUGCUUUCUUCGAUGAAAUAUUCCAAUGUGAAGAAGUUACUGGAGAGGAAAAACCUGUGUGUGACCGCACUCCAUUAAGAAAAUUAAGAUUGUCCAAACUUCAUGAGCUAACACAUCUUUGGAAGGAAGAAUCCCAACUUGAAGUAGACAUUCUCAGAAACCUAGAAAUUCUGAAAGUGCAGGAAUGUAGCAGUUUGAAGAAUUUAGUCCCCUCCACUGUAUAUUUCGACAAUUUGGAGACUCUAGUGCUAUCCGAGUGUCAUGGACUUGUCAAUUUAGUGAGAUACUCAACAGCAAAAAGCUUGGGGCGGCUCUAUACGAUGAAAGUAGCCAAUUGUGAGAUGAUAGAAGAAAUUGUCGUAUGUUCGGGUGAUGCUGUGAAGGAUGGCAUUGUUUUCACCAAUUUGAAUUGUUUGCAACUUAAAGGUCUACCCAGACUAGAAAGCUUCUGCUCGGGGGAUUGCGACUUUAAAUUCCCAGCUUUGAGAAAGGUAAUUAUUACAGAGUGUCCAAAUAUGCAGAUUUU